UGUAUAUUGUUAAACGCAGCUUGAAGAAGAUAAACAUUGAUGGUGAGAGAAAUUAUUAACAUUGACGCUCGUAAUUUUUGCAUAUUCGUUGAAAUAUUUCUGUAAUUUCGAAGCAAAAGGAUUUAUUUUGUUUAUAAUUGUUUGAUUUCGCUAGAGUAAGAAUAUGUACUCUUGUUUUUAAAAUUUAAUAUAUUUGUUUAUUUUCAAGUCUUGCUCCACGUUUUGUUCUAACCUUAAAGUUAACGAUACAUGUGUGAGAUACCCAUGGUCUAAGAUGAAGUGUCACUACGAAGUGCUGGGUGUGCCCAGAGAUGUUACCAAUGAUGACCUCAAAAAGGCGUAUAGGAAGCUUGCGCUUAAAUAUCAUCCGGACAAGAAUCUUGCUGAUUUGGACAAUGCAAAGGAACAGUUUCUUCUUGUGCAACAAGCGUACGAAAUAUUGAGUGAUCCACAUGAGCGAGCGUGGUAUGAUGCUCACCGAGAUGCCAUCCUUAAAGGUGGUAUUGGUGGUGAUUACAAAGAUGACAGUUUGAACGUAAUGAGAUAUUUCACACCUUCUUGUUAUAAAGGUUAUGGUGAUGAUGACCAAGGAUUUUAUUCAGUGUAUAGAGAAGUAUUCAACAAGUUAGCUGCAGAAGAUUCUGAGUUUAUGGGUGAAAGUGAUAGUGAUUUUGAGAUUCCGAGUUUUGGUGAUUCUCAGAGUUUAUAUGACUCAGUAGUUCAUCCAUUUUAUGCUUAUUGGCAGAGCUAUUCAACAAAAAAGUCAUACUCGUGGUUAGAUCCUUAUGAUAUCCGUGAAGCAGAAAACAGACGCGUGCUGAGAUUAAUUGAAAAAGAAAAUAAGAAAAUCAGGGAAAAAGCUCGCAAACAGAGGAAUGAAGAAGUACGAAAUUUGGUGGCAUUUGUGCGUAAACGCGACAAAAGGGUGCAAGCUCAUGUAAAACUGAUGGAAGAACGAGCUGCUCACAAUGUAAAGAAAGUAGAGGAAACCAGAAGAAAGAAUUUGAAAGAACGCCAAGAAGCUUUAAAAAAUUACCAAGAAUCAGAUUGGUCCAAGUUUUCAAACAUAGAAAAAGAAUUAGAGGUUAUUGAAGCAAGCUUGACUGCAGAAUUUGGUGAAAGUGAAGUUUCACUUGAUAGUGAAAAUGAGAGUGAAAGUGAGUAUCUUGCUGCUAAUAACCUAUAUUGUGUUGCUUGUAAUAAAGUGUUUAAAACAGAGAAAGCAUUUGCAAACCAUGAAAAUUCCAAGAAACACAGAGAAAAUGUGGAAUUAUUGAAAACCACUUUGGAAAAUGAAGAUGAUUUACUGAUUGAAACAAAUGAAAAUGUGAUAGGUAACAAAGAAAGAUUUCUCAAACAGCAAAGCACAUCUAACAAAGAUGAUGAAGAAAGUAUAACUUACAAGAAGGAUGACAUAAACAUUAGAGAUAGAAAAGAAAAUGAAAAUGAAACCAGUGACAAAGAUGAAAACAGCUCAGACACAUCAACGUGCUCUGAAGAGGUAGAGAAAAAGAAAUCUAAGAAGAAACAAAAGAAGGGAAAUGUUGCUAAACUUUUUGAAGAGGAUGAUGUGUCAGACAUUGACUUUGACCUGUCAAUAGGCCAGUCAAGAAAGCAGCGUAAACGAAACAAAGUGUCCCUUCUCACCCAAACUGUACCUAAUACUGAGAAUUCUGUAGAAAUUGAUGACAGGAACGGUGUUGAAGUGGAUCCUGAUAUUUCAGCUCGCUUAGCCAAUGGUGCUGUUGAAACUAACCCGACAAAGAAGACAAGAAGUAAGAAAGCAAAAGAGCCAAAGUUGAAGCUUGUCAGUGGUGUCGUUAGCAGUGAAGAUGGGAGGGUUUCGGAUAAGAAGGUGGACGUUGCCAAAGGGAAGGCGAAGAAAGCAAAAGAAGGUUCUAAAAGGGGUAAAGCUGAUAUGGAUGGGGUUACGGACGUGGAACACUGUUGUGUAACAUGUCGGUGUGAAUUCCCUUCGAAGAACAAGCUGUUUGACCACCUGAAGCGAACGGGGCACUCUGUGUACAUACCAGGCGCUGCGCACGGGAGUGUGCCCAGUGUCGAGGGCAGUCGUCGUGGGAAGGACAAGAGAACUAAGUAAUACAGAAUGUUCACAGUUAACUCAAGCCUUGCAUCAAAGUGGCCCGCAUUAUCCUACUAGAAUGUGAUUGCUCUGGCACUUGUUUACCAAUUGCAUCUUAAUUUAGGGCCUAGGCUAUUGUAUUGUAGUAGUUUUGUUUCCUUUUGCAUGUCAUUUGACAUGAUGUUGCAAGUGUAAGAUAUUAAUACUCUUAAAUCCAAAGAAUAUAUUGUUAAAAUGCUAUGUUUAUUAUGUUUGUGGGACUGCAACACACACUAUGAAUCUGAGAUGGAUUAGGUACACUUAUAUGUUCUAUCCAGUUUGUAUAUUUAAAAUUUUAUAUACAUAAUUUUUUUUGUAAUACCAGUUA